ACUAGUAUUUAGCAAUUCCUUUUGUAUUACGUUUCAUUGAGUUUGUCACAAUUAAAUUUAUUUGGAAGUAUCUAAUAAUUAUUUCUAAAUUAUUUUAUUUUAUUACUAUUUUACAGUAAUAAUAAUAAUUAUUACCUAUUCUGACAUUGCAAAUGGCAGCGAUGGAAAGUAUCCUUUUUUAACAUUAAUAAUAUACAUUGCUUGAAAUUGAGACUUAAAACAUAUUUUUUAUGGUUUAUGUCAUUAUAUCUUGAUUUUUAUUUAAUCUAUGACUAAUAACUAAUGUUUUAAUAUAUAAUUUUUUCCUUAAUAAGCCGAUUAGAUCAUUUAUUCAACUUGAAAUUUGCGGUCAAAGAAUUGGAAAGAAAUUCAAAAAAAUGUGAAAAAGAAGAGAAAGCCGAAAAAUUAAAAACAAAGAAAGCCAUACAAAAAGGCAAUAUGGAAGUAAGUGAUAUACAUUAUAAUAAUCAUUAUUUAUUGUGUUAUAUGUACCCAAUAAUGGUUUGUUAUUAGAAAAUUAAUUAUUUGGUAAUACGAUUAUGAAUAAUGAUAAAUUAUGUUGAUAUGACGCAAAGUCAUAAUAUUAUUGUUCUUUUAUAUAUACUUAGGUAAUAUAUUAUUGUUUCUUGAUAUUUUACUUUUAUUCUAUUCUGGAAAAUAAAUAACAGAUUGAAAAUUAUCAGCUUUCUAAUUUCAAAAAACUAAUGUGGUAAAUAGCUUAACUAAUAACUUAUUAAAUAUUAAUGACAUUAAAAUUUUAAAAUAAAACAUAUAUGAUUUAUUGAAGGCUACAAUAUAUGUUGUACUGUACCUAUUUGGUAUAUUAGAAGUGAUAUUUGCAAUAUUAUUUUAGGCACCUUAGUAUAUUUUUAUCUACUAACAUUUAUCUAAGGACACAUUUUUAAUUAUGUAGUAGGUGUAUCAUUUUAUAUUUUAUGGGUACCCACAUUUUUCAGGAAUGUUAUUUAUUUACAUCAACAAAUGUUUGUUUUAAAAAUGAUACCAAAUUACUUUUAGGUUGCUCGCAUACAUGCUGAAAAUGCUAUAAGACAAAAAAAUCAGUCUCUCAAUUAUUUACGUAUGAGCGCUAGAGUAGAUGCGGUUGCUUCAAGAGUUCAAGGUGCUCUUACAACUAGAAAGGUAAUUUUAGAAUAUAUUAUUUAUUGAUUCAUUAUUUUGAUUUUUAUUUACUAUGUGAUUGAAGUAAAUUGUAAAACUUUAAAAUCAUCGUAAAAAAUAAACAUUACAAAUUGUAUAAUAUUUUAUAUUACAUAAAUAGAUAUAUUUAUAAUAGUUUUACAUAUUUGUUCGCAUCAGACAUCAUUAUUUGUAAUUUUCAAAGAAUAAUGAAAUCUUAUUUUUUGAUAUGAAUUAAAUGGACUUGUUAUUAUGAAAAUAAGAUUCCUAACAUCUAUAAAUUAAUUUUAAAAAGAAUUUACAAUAGUAAAUCCAAGUUAAUCAGGAUGGAAAUGUUUAACAUCGUAUAAAAACUAUAAAAUGAAACAUCUUUUACUUUCAAUUAAUAUUUUAAUAUUUAGGUGACUCAAAGCAUGGGAGGUGUUGUUAAAGCAAUGGAUGCAGCAAUGAAGUCUAUGAAUCUUGAGAAAAUUUCAUCAUUGAUGGAUAAAUUUGAGAACCAGUUUGAAGAUUUAGACGUUCAAAGUUCUUACAUGGACAAUACCAUGUCUCAAAGUACUACCACAGCUGUACCGCAGGGAGAUGUUGAACAUUUGUUGCAACAAGUUGCUGAUGAAGCUGGGUAUAUAAUUAUUAUUUGUGUUCUAAAUUAUAUUUUAUGUUUUGUAUAUUAUAUUAUGUUUGUUAAAACAUUUUAUUUAAUAUAUUAUAUAUUGUUUACUUUUAGCUUGGAAUUAAAAUUAGAGUUGCCCACCAACCCUCAAACUAUCAGUUCAUUAUCUUCUACUACAACAGAACAAGACGAGCUAACACAACGUUUAGCUCGCCUUAGACAAGCAGAAUAGAACCCACAAGUAAAGAUAUUUUGAUUCACAUUUAAAUUAUAAUGAUUAUUUACAACUUGAUAUUUUUUUUAUUUCAAACUUUCGUGAAACUUUUUCUAAAGUUCAUUGUCCAAUUGAAUAUUAUACCUUUUUAUUAUAUAAUUUUGAAUAAACAAUUCAUUAACUAAAUUAAAUUUUUAAUUUAAUUGAUUAUUCCGUAGUAUUGUUUAUAUUAUAUUGUUUUGUGUGUUGGCAAGACAACACAGUACAAUUUUAUUCAUUUUAGUUAAAACAUAUUGUUAUUAUUCAUUUAUAUAAUUUUACAUUAUUUUAUUUUGGUAUAAAUCAUAAAAGUAAGGUAUUUGUUACAUGUGUAUUAUAUAAUGAAAGAUAAAUGAAUUUAUAAUAAAAUUUUUAAUAGAUGCACAGUUAAGACAUAUAUUUUGAUUAUACAUUUUAGGUUUUACAAAUAAUAUACACUAAUAAUUAAUUUGUUAAAUAAAAAAAAUAAAAUAAUUAUUUUAUUAUUAUAAUUUUAUGUAAUAUUUAUCAUUAAAAUAUAUUCUUAUGUAUAAAGAUAUUUUAGAUUUAGAGCAUAGCGAGAUUUCAUUUUCUGCCAGAAAU